AUGGGUUGCCGUAUCGUGCUCUGCAUAUGGCUCUUCCUGCUAAUGAUCGCCGGUGUCUCGCUUGCCUUCGCCAGAACCGUGCUGCUGUUCGCUACCCUCCGCGCCAUCUUGUCCGCCGCAGUCACCAGCGUCCUCGUCACGUCGCUCGUGGUCCUCUUCGAGGUCACCGACACGCAGCACCGGACCCUGUUCUGCAGCAUUGCCAUGGCCGUGGCCUCGAUCGCGGCCACGCUGUACAGCGAGAUCUUCUACAGCCUCGAGCUCAGCUGGCACGUGUGCCAGAUGGCGUUCAUGGUGCCCACGAGCACCCUGGUCCUGGCCGUGUACUUCAUGGACGAGUCCCCUUGCUGGCUUCUCGUCGCGUCCAACAUGAGGCGCGCCGAGCAUGCUCUGGCCUGGGCGGUUCGCGUGAACAGGGCGGACCCGGACGUCUUCAAGGAGCGCCUGUCCGAACUGAAGUCAGAGAUAAAGCAGCACGACCAGCAAACGCAUCAGGGAACAACCUCCCCGAGUGCUUUCGCUCCAGAUCAAGAGCUGCACGCCAUCGACCUGGUCGCCAACCGGCGCCUGCGCAAGAGGUCGGCCGUCAUGUUCGGCUGCUGGUUCCUCGCUUUCGCCAGCUUCUUCAACAUCCGCGCACCCGACGCGAUGGACACCAGCAGCGCGGUCCGCGCCGUCCUCACGCUCCUCAAGCUGACCGGAAUCGUGGUGGACGUGCCCAUCAUCAUGCGCGCCGGCAGGCGCCGCUCGCUGGCGUUCAGCAUGGUCGCCCUGUCCGCGCUGUCCCUGGCCAUGGCGGUCAUUCACCUCCUGCACGCCCCGGACCAGCAGAUCGUCGGCGUCGUCUUCUUCUCGUUGCUGGUGUUCGACCUCUGCGUCCUCACCAUGUUCCUCAUCUCGGCCGAGCUCUACCCGACCGUGGUGCGAGCCACCGGGCUCGCCUUUGGUUACGCGUGCGGCCGCCUCGGAGUGCUGGUGUCGUCCUUCGUCGCCGACAUUCGACAGGCCGAGCUGAAGGGCGCCACGUACGGCUUCGCGGCGGCGCUGUUUCUCCACUUCGGGGUGAUGGCGCUGGGGCUGCCGGAGACGACGCAGCUGCAGCCGGCAAACACGCUGCGCGACAUGGCGGCCGACCGCUGGGCGCUGCGCUGUUAG